CUGGGAUGAAUCCAACAUUUUUAGAAUUCAUCGGUGCCAAUCAACGAUCCAGUUGUGGAUAUUGUAAAAACGAUCGCGGCGAACGAACUCCAGCUCGUUCCGCAAAAAAGAAUGCUGAAACAGGAGAAGAAGAUUUGACAAAUGGAUUGGAAGAAGAGUUAGAAGUGUCCAGUGAAUCGUCAGUGACGACCGCACUAGUAAUUCACACAAUUUCACCGGACAACUUUAUGUGGUUUGCAGAGGCUGGCUGGAGCACGCGGAGCAUGGGCACACAGUAUGACUGUCAACGACUAUUCCGGGCUACUGGAUGUGGGCUGGAGAAGAUCUGGACGUUAUUUGUAUAAACCCGAUAAUCGUGUCACCUGCUGCCCACAGUAUACAAUUCGUUUGGAUGUGACUAAAUUCAAAAUGUCCCGUAGUCAAAAACGGGCAAUGCGACAAAUGAACGAGUUUCUGGCAACUGGGAAGCGGCCAGUUUGUGGAAUAAAAGAAGAAGAUGCACCUGUUGAAAUGAACUUAAAAGGGUCCGGCAGUCAAUCUGAACAAUCAAAGAAAAAUCUGAAAUCCCACGAAGUUAGUACGAAGAAAAUGAAAGAUGCGGAUAGACCCGUUUUGACAAAAAAGGAAAUUCGCAAUAAAAAAUUUGAAGAAAAAUGUCGUCAAAAGAAUUUGGAUCCCGAUGUUGUCCGAACCGAACGUCGUCAAAAAGAUGCAGCUCGUCAACGAACAAUUCAAUCGUACAUCGAUGAAGCUCGUCCUGACUGGAAACAUAAACUCGAAGUAAAACUAGUUUCUCUCGGUGGAGAUGAAUUUGGAACAAGAGAUAACGAAUCAUUCGAAUUGUACAAAAAUUACCAGCAUACUAUUCACAAAGACGAAGACUGUCGACUUGCCGGUUUUCGUAGAUUCCUCUGUGAUUCUCCAUUGAAAAAAGAGCAAAGAGGAGGAAUAGAGCUGGGCUCAUUCCAUCUUUGGUUUCUUCUAGAUGAUAAACUGAUUGCUGUUUGUGUCGUUGAUAUUCUACCAAAAUGUUUUUCGGCCAAAUACAUGUAUUAUAAUCCGGAAUAUUCAUUUUUGUCCCUGGGAACAUAUACAGCUUUGAGAGAAAUCGAGCAAACUCAACGUCUUCAUGCAAUUUAUUCGAAUCUCAAGUAUUACUAUAUGGGAUACUACAUUCACUCGUGUCCAAAAAUGCGCUACAAGGCUAAAUUUCGCCCAAGUGAUCUUCUUUGUGACCAAUCGUUUCGAUGGGUUGAUUUUAAUUCAUGUCGUGAUCUCCUUGAUGGCUCAACUUGCUCAAAUGGCUUUUCUGAGUUCUGUCCAGGAGCUCCUCGUCCAGCUUCUCCAGUUGUUGAUACUCUUCUCGUGUUCUCUAACGGAUCAAUAACGACUUUGUCAGAUGCACUCACUGAGAUUCCAGAAGCUGCAGAAAACGAGCAAUUUUUAGCAAAUGUUAGGGAUUUGGCACAUCUCGUGGGUCCUGAUUUGAGCAGAGUUGUCUACUAUUUCAAUGAACUAAACUCUUAAAAGCUUCUGUUUGUAUAAAAUUCUUGAUUAGUACUGGACACAUAUUUUUUUAAAUGUAUUUUGCUUGUAUAAUUAUUUGUAUUCAUCAGUCAAAAACUGCUUAAAUAAAAAUGGCAAU